UAAUAUUAAAGUAGUUUUUUUUUCAAAACUUACUACUGCAUGGUUACAACCAUGUGAUGUAGGCAUAAUCUACUCAUUUAAGUGUCACUAUCGUAAGUUAUUAUUACAAAACCGAAUUGCUGCAUUUGAUGAAUUGAACCUUACUAAUCAACCUCCUGAUUCUGUUACAAUUUAUAAUGCAAUUCAAUUUGUUUCACAAGCUUGGAAUAAAGUUUCUGAAGAUGUAAUUAUUCAUUCGUGGCAAAAAACAGGUAUUCUUCCUUCUAUGGAAAUUGAUGAAUAUAUGGAUUCAGAAUUUCUUGUUGAUCUAACUAAUGAAGAUGAAAUGGAUGAAAUGUCUACGGUUGAAGACAUUAUAGCAGAGAUGCAAGAAAAUAAACCUGAAGAAGAACCAGAGCAGCAAAUUAAACCUGUUACAGCAAUUCAAACUAUUACAGGACUGGAUUUAGUAUUAGACUAUAUCGAACAACCAGUGUCAAGUCUUGAGAUUAAUAUUAAAGUUUUUUCAGAACUUAAGCGGAUGCGAAAAGAGCUUGCUUAUCUG